AUGAUGCCGAGUCCAACUGGCUCUCGUGGGCGACCGACGUGGUGUACGCGUCAUUCAACUAUCCAGCUGCCUGCGGCAAACUCCGCAGCUAAGGAGCUGCGCGGGCGCCACCCGGGCGGCGGCACGGGCAAUUACGGGCUGCUGGACCAGAGGCGCGCCCUCGAGUGGGUCCAGGAAAACAUCAUGGCUUUUGGCGGAGACCCCGGCGCCGUCACCAUCAUGGGCGAGUCGUCGGGCGGCACCAGCGUCGCUUACCACCUGACCUCGGGUGGCAAGGCGCCCACGACCCUGUUCAGGCGAGCCAUCCUGGAGUCGCCAGGUCUUACACAAGUCAAGCAGUGGGACGACGCGGCGACCAACUUUCGCUUCACUCUCGCGAGUCUGGCCGCGGCGCAGAGCCCAGGGUGCAACCAGACCGAUGGCUACGAUAUCCUCCGGAGCGACCUCCUGUUCAGCUCCUCGCAGUACCAUCACGAGGAGCCCUUGAUGCCCGCGGAGGAUGCCAUGCGCGCCUGCACGAAACUCGGGCCCUUGUGUGUCGGCUUCUCGCAGCAGGCGAAUUUGACUCUCUUCGCAGCACCGCCUGGCCGAGUGUUCGACACGGAGAACAGGGGCGGGAACUUCACUGCGUACAUGAAGAGUGGUCCUGUCGCGGAGUCCGACCGGCUUCGCUGUCUGCUCUCCGCCGACGCCCUGAAGCUCAGCUCUCUGACCCUCCAGGUGCCCCGUGAUGACACGUUCGAGACGGACGGCUGGGGGCCAGUGCUGGACGGCGUGGACCUGCCCAUGACACUGGAGGAACGCGUGCGGCGCGGCGACGUGGCGGUGGGCGUGGACGUGCUCGCUGGGUAUAAUCUCGACGAGGGCACCGAGUUCAUGUUCGAGACGCCCCCGCUGCUCUGCAACGCGUCGCGCGAGGAGUUCGGAUCAUGGGUCUCGGCGUUCCUAGGCCCAGGGCAGAGCCCAGCGGUGGUGGAGCCGCUCUACGAGCCAGCGUCUCUGCAGUCCCCGCUGCCAGACUGCCAGGACCUUGCAAAGCGGGUUCCAGGAAAGCCAUACCAGCCGGGGAAGAAGGUCGCAGGAAAGGACGCGGGCUUCUUCAACGCUGCGAUGCGGAUGGCUGGGGACAAGGCUAUCCGGUGCCCCACGAACAGUCUAGCCGCCGCCCGCGAUUCAUCUGGCCGCUCGUUCGUGUACGAAUUCCGGCUCACGCCCAACUACACAGAGAAUUUUGGCGACACGAGCGUGAUGGGAGCCUUCCACGGUGCCGAAAUUCCCUUCGUUUUCGGUGACGGCUUCGAGCUGCGGACGCCCUUCGAAAAGGUCCUCUCGGGCGCCAUGGGGUGCUACUGGCGAAGUUUCGUGGCGCACGGGGACCCUGGUGUGGACUCCUGCGCCGUGUCGCCUUGGCCAGAGUACUCCGCCGCCACGGGAUGGACGGUGCUGCAGCUGGGCUCUUCGGCAGCACAGCCAGCGGCGGCCGUUCGGUCCAGCGAGCUCCAGGACAGGCGCUGCGCGGCAUUCCGCGGGUGCGCCACGCCGCGGCCGGCGCAGUCGAGCGCGGUUCCCUGGGCUGGUGCGGGCAGGGGUGCCGGCGCUGCCACAGGCUCUCGGGCCCCCGCGGCGGAAGUGCUGGUGGUCUGA